AAUGGCGGCCGCCAUGUGGAAAGUCAGGUUCCUGUUUCGUAGUGCCUUUUCUACGAAUAUUUGCCGUACUACGGCGAACUCGUCGUUCGGACUUCACAGCAGCACGUGUAAUAACAGACAGAUUUUAUGUCCACCACUACAUGAUCUUGCAUGUAACCCUCAGAAAAUAGGGACAUUUUCUAAGCCUUAUUGCACACGGCCAGAAGAAACUGCAGAAAAUAACGCAGAGUCUGAAGAAGAGACUGCGCCAAAACAUAAGCAGUUUGUCGUUCAUCCUCCAGAAACAAGCAUCCGGUACCUUGAAAGCAAAGCGUACAAAGAUACCUAUGGUAGUGACCCAGUGUGGAAGAACUAUCGACGCAACUUCAAGGGCCAAUUACUUCCACGACGAACAAGGGCUAGGUGCAUAAGAAAUGGAGUCAUCAGCACAGGCAGCCCAUGUCCACUCUGUAGAGACGAAUACCUGGUUGUACACCACACAAACACAAAGCUGUUGGAGCAGUUCAUAUCACCCUACAGCGGCGAAACUAUCUCUCCAAACAAGACAGGUGUGUGCCGCCGGAGGCAGUUCUAUCUCGACCUGGAAAUUAUGAGGGCAAAGGACUUGGGGCUCAUCACUUUUCAAGUUCCAUUCCGCCACUACAACUACGAAGAGUACUAUCCGGAACUAAAGCAGAAGAAGCAGCGUGAAACUGGGAAUAGGCCAGAGGAGUAGAACGACGUGACAACUGUAUUGCGUACUUGCGUAGUUUCUUGUGGGAUGAAGAACGUACAAAAUGCAA